AUGGCUAAAACCAGACCGGGAGGCCUUAUCUCCAAGCCUAAAACAGGCAAGAGGGACCUUGACUCCUACACUAUUCGUGGCACUACCAAAGUUGUUAGAGUGGGGGAUUGUGUAUUGAUGAGACCAUCUGAUACUGGUAGGCCUUCAUACGUGGCAAGAAUUGAGGGGAUCGAGGCUGACAGCAGAAACAACGUGAAGGUUAGAGUGAGAUGGUACUAUAGGCCAGAAGAGUCUUUAGGAGGGCGCAGGCAGUUUCAUGGAGCUAAAGAGUUGUUCUUAUCAGAUCAUUAUGAUGUGCAAAGUGCUCACACUAUUGAAGGGAAGUGUAUAGUUCACUCUUUUAAGAACUAUACUAAGCUUGAGAACGUUGGAGCUGAGGAUUAUUAUUGUAGGUUUGAGUAUAAGGCUGCUACUGGAGGUUUCACACCAGACCGUGUUGCUGUGUAUUGCAAAUGUGAGAUGCCUUAUAACCCAGAUGAUCUCAUGGUGCAAUGUGAGGGUUGCAAGGACUGGUAUCAUCCUGCUUGUGUGGACAUGACAAUUGAAGAGGCAAAAAAAUUGGAUCACUUUGUGUGUUCUGAAUGUGCAUCUGAUGAUGAUGUCAAAAGAUCACAAAAUGGAUUCUCAGCAUCAUCAGUAGCUGAUGUCAAGGUAGAAAACAAGCGCCGGAAGAGAUGA